AUGUAUAGCAACUUCAAGGAGCAGGCGAUCGAGUACGUGAAGCAGGCGGUCCAGGAGGACAAUGCCGGCAACUACGUCAAGGCGUUCCCUCUCUACAUGAACGCGCUCGAGUACUUCAAGACCCACCUCAAGUACGAGAAGAACCCCAAGAUCAAGGAGGCCAUCAACGCCAAGUUCAUCGAGUACCUCCGCCGCGCCGAGGAGAUCCGGGCGGUCCUCGAUGAGGGCGGCGCGGGGCCGGGGGCCAACGGCGGCGACGCGGCCGUCGCCACGCGCCCCAAGACCAAGGGCAAGGACGGGGACGGGGGCAACGGAGGAGAUGACUCCGAGCAGUCCAAGCUGAGGACGGGGCUCAACUCCGCCAUCAUCACCGAGAAGCCCAACGUCAAGUGGAACGACGUUGCCGGCCUUGAGAGCGCCAAGCAGGCGCUGCAGGAGGCCGUCAUAUUGCCCGUCAAGUUCCCGCAGUUCUUCACGGGCAAGCGGAAGCCUUGGAGGGCGUUUCUUUUGUAUGGCCCCCCUGGAACAGGAAAGUCUUAUUUGGCAAAAGCCGUCGCAACCGAGGCUGAUUCAACGUUUUUCAGUAUAUCUUCUUCAGAUCUGGUUUCAAAGUGGAUGGGUGAAAGUGAGAAAUUAGUUGCGAAUCUUUUCCAAAUGGCUCGUGAAAAUGCCCCUUCCAUUAUCUUCAUUGAUGAAAUUGAUUCUUUAUGUGGUCAACGUGGAGAAGGCAAUGAAAGUGAAGCAUCUAGGAGAAUCAAGACUGAACUACUUGUACAAAUGCAGGGUGUUGGUCAUAAUGAUGAUAAAGUUCUCGUUCUUGCUGCCACGAAUACGCCAUAUGCUCUGGACCAGGCUGUGCGGCGAAGAUUUGACAAGCGUAUCUACAUUCCGCUACCUGACUUGAAAGCAAGGCAGCAUAUGUUUAAGGUCCAUCUCGGGGAUACACCACACAGCUUAACUGAAAGUGAUUUCGAGAGCUUGGCCCGUCGAACAGAUGGGUUUUCUGGUUCUGAUAUUGCUGUUUGUGUUAAGGAUGUGUUAUUUGAACCUGUGCGCAAAACACAGGAUGCCAUGUUCUUCUUCAAGGCGGACGGUGACAUGUGGAUGCCAUGUGGACCAAAGCAACCGGGCGCUGUACAGACCACCAUGCAGGAGCUUGCAUCCAAAGGCCUCGCUGCAAAGAUUCUUCCACCACCUAUCUCAAGGACGGAUUUUGACAAGGUCCUGUCGAGGCAGAGGCCGACAGUUAGCAAGAAGGACCUGGAGGUGCAUGAGAGGUUCACGAAGGAGUUCGGCGAGGAGGGCUGA